AUGGCGCCACCGUGUACGGCCUCCCGCGACAGCUGGACUACGACACACACUUGCAGGACCCCGUUCAAGAAGGCGCCGCCAUGUGGGACGGAACAGGCGCGAGGGAAGGUGGGAACAGCAUUUUCAGCAGCAACAGCGUGCCCAGCGAUAGCAUUAGCAGCAGCAGUACCAGCAUCAGGGACCUGGGAAGGCCCCCCCAAUCCUACAUACCUGGGAGAUAUACCCUUCUCUCCCCCGAGGAAAGUUUUUUACGAGAACUCCUCCUGCACUCCGCCGCCCCCAACACCCGACCAAUCACAGGCCAGAAGUUUGGUGACGUCACCAGCCUCGCCUUUCCCGAAGAACUGGAUCGGAUGGAGUUAAGGCUUCCAUCGCUCGACCUUGCCAGACUGAACGUGUGGGCACAGCAACAGCAGCAACACCAUCAGCUCUACAGCAAGCCAAAACGUGUGUCACCGCCAGAGCAGUUGCACCAGAAACAGCGAUCCUUGUCUGUGGUUGGACUCAAAGUAGCAGAGAAGAAAUGGUGGGGAGGAGGACAUCAUAGGCGAGGGGAGAUAGCCCGUAGAGCAUCUCAGAACAAGCAUCUUGACUGCCUCAAAUCCUGCAUCAAGCAAGGCACCCUCCACCCCAUACAGUGCCACACCCUCUGCUAAAUGUUAAGGAUGAAGCUGGCAUCAGUAGUGUUGUGGAAAAAGAGUGAAGGAACACCCAUUGCAAGUUCUGCUGUGUUCCUCUUGUUGGUCCUCGCCGUCAGCCACUGAUGGAAACCCAGAUUGUGUCGGCAUUGUCACAUUUACCCAAGAAAACAUCGUACAAGAACGAGAUGUAUUGUUAUCAAAUAACAAAUUUGAUCAGUAUCUGCAAGAGUAGUCAGAACCCUUCUAAAAUUAAAAACAUAGUACCACUUUCUGAAAAACAUUUGCUCAGCACAUUCCAAUAAAUUGGCUAUGAGUUACUUCAAGUGAGCAGAUGAAAGAAGAAAAAAUAAUCCCAGGCUGGAUAUCAACUUAAAUGAUGUAACCUCUCCAGGAUAAUAUAAUUAACCUAUGAAAAGGAGAAAAAAGAUCAAUAUUGAAUAUAAUCCCUAUUAUUUUCUCUAGCUUUCUCUUCCAGUUCCAAAGGAAUAUGGGAGGGAAGACAACAGCAAUUUUUGGCUGGAUGAGCAAAUAAAUCUCUCGAUUAGUUCAUUCUCGUAGGAAACAAAAUGUACUUAAUGAUGAGCAACACAAGCAUGAUUUCUGAAUAGAUACGUGCUUCAAAGUUUGUUUACAGUGCGAGGGAAAUGAGGCUGGCCCCUCCCCACUGUUUACAACUUCUGUAAUCCUCUCAUUUUGAAUGCUCUGUAAACUACAGCUAUUUUUCUCAUUCUAAAGUGCAUAAUCAACCCCAUUUUUUUCUGCUCAUUCUGGAUGGUGAGCAAGUAUUCCUAGUUCCUCCCGAGCUACGUGGCUUGCAGAGCCAUCCGUUAUCUCUUGUUGUUUUCAAUGGGAUGUACACACCUAUCUGGCAUCCUUUUAUUUUCAAUGAUAUUUACAAACUAAUUUAUAUUCAAUAUGCCAUCUCAUCAUGGAUUAUCUUUGUAACCAUCUUUCAACUGUUUCCUCUUAAGAUAUUUACUAUAAGUGAAAAGUUUUUGAUUAGUCCAGCAGAUUAUAACUAACUUGACAUUGUUUUGGGAUUUAGGCACUAAGUGUCCUAAUGUAAACUCCUUUAGGUUUGUUAUUUAUAUCUAGAAUUCUGAUACAUAUAAAUCUAUGAUUGAAUCAUAAGAAUCACAGUGCAAGAAUACAUACAGCUGAUUUUAGGGAAAUAACUUAAAAGCUUUCAAUAGAUCCCGCAAAGCAAAAAUAAAAAUGAGCAAAAAUUUACAAGCUACAUUAGUCUACCUAAAUACACUGAGAAAAUCUUGCUGAGAAUUUAUUUUAAUAUCAUCUCAGUAUGUCCAUCUUCACUGGAGUAUCAUAUACCUCUGUAUUAAACUUACAAAUUUGAA